UAUGAUCAAGGAAUGGCGCCCUUAAGAGCAUCCAGUGACAACUGAAGCCAGGAUGUCGCCAUAUUUUCUGAAGACACCUUCCGGGUCCCUUAACCCGGCUGUCUUAAGUCCAAGCUGCCGUGAAGUGAAUAAACACCGAGGGGUUUUGUUUGUCCCCAUCACAACCCCCGAAUCCCUCGCAGCCAAUCCCUGCUACCUCGGUGCCCUCGACUGCGUUCGGACGCCAAGGCUGGGCGGGGCCCCGACCUCCGGAGCCCUUGCUGUGGACGACGAAAGCUGAGGCCGCGCGCGGGGAGGCGGUGGCCUCGGGGACAAGGCGGCCGCUACUCGGGGCCGGGAGGCCCCAUGGCGCCGCCCCCAGCCCCGCUUCUGGCGCUGAGACCGGGGGAGACCGGGCCUGGUUACAAGAAGCCCGGGGCCGUGAGCUUCGCGGACGUGGCCGUGUACUUCUCCCCGGAGGAGUGGGGCUGUCUGCGGCCCGCGCAGAGGGCCCUGUACCGGGACGUGAUGCGGGAGACCUACGGCCACCUGGGCGCGCUCGGAUUCCCAGGCCCCAAACCAGCCCUCAUCUCUUGGAUGGAACAGGAGAGUGAGGCUUGGAGCCCCGCCGCCCAGGAUCCUGAGGAGGGGGAAAGCCUGGGAGGAGCUCUGAGAGGAGACACCCCAAACAAGAAGGAAGAGGCACCGCAGGAAGGGCCAGGAGCCAAGGGACCCAGAAAGCCUCCCGGGAAGGAGCCUUCUAGAGAGCUGGUUAAACACAGCCCUGACUGGACCAUCGGACAAUUUUCGGCCAGAGCACAGCGGCCCACCAGUGCUGCCUGCAGCCAGAGCACAGGCGUGCAGCCGUCGGGCCCGGCGCCCGGCCUGGGCACACAGGACAGCCAGCGGCGACAUGUGUGUGCAGACUGUGGCCGCCGCUUCACCUACCCCUCACUGCUGGUCAGCCACCGGCGGAUGCACUCGGGGGAGCGGCCCUUCCCCUGCCCGGAGUGUGGCAUGCGCUUCAAGAGGAAGUUUGCCGUGGAGGCGCACCAGUGGAUCCACCGCUCCUGCUCGGGGGGGCGGCGGGGCCGGAGGCCUGGGAUCCGGGCUGUGCCUCGGGCUCCGGUGAGGGGUGACCGGGACCCUCCCGUGCUGUUCCGACACUACCCGGACAUCUUUGAGGAGUGCGGGUGAGCUGCCCCCACAGCCUGGGGUUGAGCCUGACCUUGGACUGCCUGAGCCCUGAGGGAGGCUCUGGAGGCAGGGAUUUGGGAACCGAAAUUCAUCCCUUGGGCUUCCCUCAAGGAUCCCUCAAGUUUCAAAACUUGUAAAAAGAAAAGUGCCUGUAAAGAUGCAAAUAGAUUAUACUUGACACUACUCCCCCCAGUCUUUCUAAAAAAAAAAAAAAAAAGAAGAAGAGAGUGAGAUGCUGGACUUUUCUCAAAGUGUUAAUCUCAGCAGCAGGUGCAACCAAGAUCUUACCGUUGUCUCAAAAACCUUCCCUUGCUGCUUCUGUACAUCAGAGGCAAAUGCUGAGGGGACUAAGGCCUGAGGAGGGCUCCCCCCGCUCCGGGACCCAGGGCAUGCUCAGGCCCCGGCUAGCUGACAGGAGCAGGGAGCCUGGGAAGUGAAGUGGGUGGAAAGAGUACAGAAGCACAGAUCUAGUCUCUGCAACUUGUCCCCAGGCACAGCUUGCAAGUCACAUGCCGUCCCUGAGCCUCAGCUCCCUCAUCUGUAAAAUAAAGAUUAAAAAUAUCUACCUCAACGGGUUACUGUGAAGGCUGAAAUUUUAACAAGAUAGUAUGUAGGACAGAGUCAAUGUGCAAUAAACAUUUGUUGAAAGAGUGAA